GAGCUCUGUUAGACCCCAUGAGCUCUCCUGCUGUAGUGACGAGGCUGCUGGAGUGGCUCGAGGCCCAUGGAGCAGCCGACAGUUUGCUGGACAUCCGGUACUUGGGCAAGCUCGAAGGUCACGGCGUGUUCGCCAAGCGCGCGCUGACCAGCGGCCAAGUGACGCUGCAGGUGCCGUUCAAGCUCACCAUGAACACCGAGUCCGCCGCCACGUCGGACUUGGCGCCCGUGCUCGAGAAGUACCCGCAGAUCCCGGACGACGAGGUGCUGGCGCUGCAUUUGAUGCACGAGCGCAGCAAAGGGGGCGAGUCGUUCUUUGCGCCGUUCAUCGCGUCGAUGCCCACGACGUUCGACUUGCCCGUCUUCUGGACGGAGGCGGAGCUCAACGAGCUCAAGGGCACCAACGUGCUGCUGCUGACGCAGCUGAUGAAGCAGCACCUGGAGAGGGACUUCGAGAACAUCCACCAGGCCGUGGCGGCGGAUUUCCCCGACAUUUUCGCGUCCCUGCCGACGUUGACGAUCGACGAUUACAUGUGGGCCAUGAGCGUGAUCUGGAGCCGCGCGUUCGGCGUGAGCAAGGGCGGCAAGUACCUUCACGUGCUGUGUCCAGCGAUGGACAUGUUCAACCACGACGUGACUGUGCGCAAGCCGCUGGAUGACUUCGUUUCGUUCAACGAGGAGAAGCAGAUGAUGACGCACCAUGUCCCGGAAGACGUGGCCGCUGGCUCCGCCGUGCACAUCAGCUACGGCCAGUACUCGAAUGCGAAGCUGCUGUAUUCGUACGGGUUCGUCUCGCCCGAAAACUUCCGUCGUGGUGUGGACUUCUGGAUGAAGAUCCCGCUGUCCGAUCCGUAUUUCAAGCUGAAGCAGACUGUCCUCGACUCGAACGAGCUCACGAAGGAGCAGACAUACGACUUCCACGGAACGCUGCUUAGCAAUGAUGUUGAUGAAAGGCUGCUGGCUACGCUGCGCGUUAUCCUGAUGAACGAACAGGAAAUCCGUCAGUACAAGAAGGCUUUCGAGUCUUCAAUUCUUAGCGUUCGUAAUGAGCUGGCAGUGUACGAAAAUCUGCAGAGCACGUGUCGUCGCAAGCUCUCGAACUACGCUACAACACUUGAAGAGGACGAGGCGAUUCUGGCAGAAACGGAGACCGAAUCGAAGCCACGAUUGGCAUUCGCAGUUCGGGUGCGUAUGGAGGACAAGCAGGUGACCACCAGCGUGAUCGAGACGCUCGAGCAGUGGAAGCAAUCGCUUGCCUCGAAGCCUGACGCGUAUCCGCCGAGCACUACGCGAUCCAAAAACACUCAAUAA